AUGAGCGGGUCGAACCCGAAAGCGGCAGGCGCGGGCUCGACGGCCGGGCCCCGGGGGCUGGUGGCUGGCAAGGAGGAGAAGAAGAAGGCGGGCGGCGGCGUCCUGAACCGGCUCAAGGCGCGGCGGCAGGCGCCCCACCACGCGGCCGACGACGGCCUCGGGGCAGUGGUUACGGAGCAGGAGCUGCUGGCCCUGGACGCCAUCCGGCCCGAGCACGUCCUGCGCCUCGGCCGGGUCACGGAGAAUUAUUUAUGUAAACCCGAAGACAACAUCUACAGUAUUGAUUUCACCCGCUUCAAAAUUCGCGAUUUGGAGACAGGGACAGUGCUGUUUGAGAUUGCUAAGCCCUGUGUCUCAGACCAAGAGGAGGAGGAGGAGGAGGCCGGUGGAGAUGCGGACACCAGUGCAGGACGCUUUGUCCGCUAUCAGUUCACACCAGCGUUUCUCCGCCUCCGGACAGUCGGGGCUACGGUGGAGUUCUCCGUGGGAGACAAGCCUGUGCCAGACUUCCGGAUGAUCGAGCGGCACUACUUCCGGGAGUGCUUGCUGAAGACCUUCGACUUUGAUUUUGGCUUCUGCAUCCCCAGCAGCAGGAACACUUGUGAACACAUCUACGAGUUUCCCCAGCUCUCUGAGGAUGUCAUUCGUCUGAUGAUUGAAAAUCCCUACGAGACCCGUUCUGACAGCUUCUACUUUGUUGACAACAAGCUGAUAAUGCACAACAAGGCCGACUAUGCCUAUAACGGAGGCCAGUAA